AUUCCUUCUUAUCAGCAAAAUAAGGGCUACAAGCUGCUCACGUAAACUAGGGUUUGAACUGCGACAGCGAAAGGGUAGGCGCCAAUAAUACAUUACGUUUCUUUAGCCAUGGCCUUGAGAGAUAACAUGGCAGAAGGUUCUAUUUCUUCUCUUAGUCUUGAUUCUGUCGAGUUUGAACAGAGUGAAAUUGUGAUUUUCCCAGAAGAUGUAGCGUGGGCAGAUUCCUGCCUGAUCAAACAGCUUGAAAUAUCAGAUGGAGACUGGAAUUCCCUGAAAGAUGCUUUAUUAGCGACUAUCAGUUCCAAACCUGAUUCACUUGAGUCUUCCACCACCGGAAAAGAUGGUUCUCCUCAAGCAACUGAUGUAGAGAUUCUUCCAUCCAGUGAAGGAACAAAAACUUCACCGAACCUGCAAAGAAUUGCUGAUAUGAUUGUUCAAACCAAUGGAGAGGUUGAAGAGAACAGUGAUGAUCAUCUAAUCAACAGGAAGACUGAUACUUCCCCGUCGACAAUUAACUUAGAAAAUGUUUUUCUUCCAACCUACAAUGAGGAUCUGAGGGAAAUUAGAACAACCAAUUCUGAGGUGGAUUUUGGAUUUCCAGGAUUGGCGAGCGAGCCAUCAAAUGAGGAUAUCUUCAAGGUUUGGGAUUUAGACAUUCCAGAUGAGGAGGAUGAACUCAUCACGCAGUUGAACAAAGCCAUUGCAGAGAGUUCCUUAGAGCCAAUACCUUCAGCUUUUGAUGAUUCUGGAGUGUGGAAAGGUUUAAAAGUUGAGUCAAUAGAUGAUCUCAUUGCAGGCAUUACAGAACUGUCAUUGAAUCAAAUUUCUGGUUGAGGAUUUUGUUAGUGCUAGCAUCUUGAAGUGCAUAUGAAAAUAUGUGUAGUACAAACAACUCAAAUUAUUUUGGUUUUAUUAUAGUAUUAUUGGUGUGUUUGGGUGGCAAUGAAAUAAAGUCUGAUAUGUCUUUAUAUAGGGUAUGGAUGCAUGCCAUCUGCUUGUUUAGAGGUAGAAAAUGAUCAAUCAUGG